AGACAAUAGCAAACUUUUUCUUUUAGAAGACUUUCGAUUAUCCAGGGUGGCGGGACUUUAUUUUUCUCUUUCUUUUCCCCACUGCUGUUGUGAUGUCGAGUGGUGUGUUCAAGCGCAGCACGGACGUGGUUAGAACUCGAUCGGAGGUUUUCUCCGACUCCCCGCCGUGUCACGACGUCGCGGGGAAGGUGGCUCAUCUGUCCACCAUCGCAUCUGACGCUUCCAGCGCAGAGGUGCGCCCCCAACUAGCUGCCAUCCGUCGUGAACUCGAUGUGUUGAAGCAACGCCGUGCUGCUCUGGAGGCGCAGCGGAGUGCAUUGCUCAACGAAAAGCUGCAUCCUUCGCGGGACAAGAAAAGCGACGGGUACAACACCUCCAGUCCAAUCUCUACCCCACGUGGCCUCCAUGCGUCGUGGUCUGCCGGAGGGCUCACUGGAACGCGCCGGCAUUGCGAAGAAGGCACCUUCGCGGCCGCGUCCACAUCGCAUAGCACCUCGCGGCACCGCUACGUGGACUCUACCGUCUUGGCAAACAUGUCAGAGAUUCCUUCGGAGAGGAGGCGCCAACGGCACUUAACGCAGACGCCGGAGCUCGGCGUGAAGGUUGCCAUGCGCGAGGCCGCAAAGCACGACAGUACGCUGCUGAUGGGGGACUUUCUCCCCGAGGAUAACCCGCAUGCCUGCACCUUUGGUCGUGAGCGUCGCUUCCGUUCAGUGGUGGGCCAGCAUGGACAGUACUACCUUAGCACCGAUGUGGGUGUCGAACAGCUGCUGAACCGAGACCACGUAGACCCUGUCAUGUAUCAGAGAGUCGCACCGCGGCAUGACCAGACCCCCGGCCCUGGCGCGUAUACGCCGCGGUACUGCAAAGUCUCUCGCCCGCCUCGCUUCUACUAA